AUGUCGCUCUCUUCAGCCGAGCGAGACAAUUUGAUACGAGCAGCGUUCGAAGCAAAGGACAAAGCAUAUAGUCGUUAUUCUCACUUCCCUGUGGGCGCCGCUCUACUAGCGCAGGACGGUGCUAUCGUACAGGGAUGUAGUGUUGAUAAUGUGAGUUACGUUGAUACGAUCUGCGCAGAACGCGUAGCUAUUGUCAAGGCCGUUAGUGACGGAAUCACAAAUUUCCGAGCGCUCGCCAUCACAUCAAAUCUAUUUUCCGCGAUAUCACCAUGUGGAUUAUGCCGUCAAGUCCUACACGAAUUUUGUGAUCCCCACAUGCCGAUACUCCUCAUUCCAAGUGAUUAUCCUUCUUCCGACGUCAAAGAGACGACUCUUGGAGGGCUAUUUCCUUCAUAA